AUGACAAGAAGGUCCAAUCCAAAUAACUCAAUAGAAGAAGAUCUUGACAUUGAGCAGCUGGAAAGAACACUAAGGCGACAAAGAAGAGAGAGGAUGAAUCAAGGCGGAGAAGGCGCACCAAAUAGGCAGCAGCAGCCUUCUGACCAAGAAGAGAGGGCUGAUAACCCUCAUAUACCACAAGAAUCUGGAGCCGCGCCUCAACCCAAUCCAAACGCUCCCGGUGCUGCCGAGCAGCCGCAGCCAUCUCAUAAUCAACCACAACAACCUCCGGUGCUCCAAAAUAAUCAACACCAUCAUCAUCAUCAAGGUGACCAUCAAGGGAUGCCUCAAGCUCAACCUCAAGUGCCUUCAAGGAGAGCACAAUUCGCUCAGCAUCUAAGGCACCAAACUAUGGGAGAUUUUGAUUCUUCCGAUGCUUUCUUAAUGGAUCGGAAUCCCAUCCGACCACCUCUACCAUCAAGGAACGACUUUGAGAUCAAGCUUCAGGUCAUUGCCUUGGUGAAACAAAACCAUUUCCAUGGUUUUUCCAGUGAACAUCCUCUUGAUCAUGUCGACGCCUUUGAGGAGAUAUGCAGCACAACUGGCAUCAAUGGAGUGUAUGUGGAUUACUUCAAGUGCAAGUUGUUCACUUUUUCUCUAAGUGACAAGGCACUUAGAUGGGUCAAGUCUUUACCAACGCAGUCUAUUACAACAUGGAAUGAAUACAGGGGAGCUUUCUUAAAACAAUUCUACACAAAGUAA